UCGCCCAACAAACAACGCAGAAGAUAUCCACACCUGUAAAUUCUUCAUCUCUCUCUCUUUCUUCUGUGACUUUCUAGGGUUUAUCUUCCCCACCUACUUUCUGCUUCCAAGAGAGGUGAGGAUGGAAUCAGUGACGGCGACGGUCGUCCGAUCUCCAUUUGGCGUAUCUGGACUGUCCAACUCUGCUGGUAGAUCGGGUGUUUUGACUGCGAACGGGCCCGGUUUCGUGCGUUUCGGUACCAAGUUCCUGCCCUCGAUUAAGCAUUGCGCUUCAAUUUCUCACCCAAAGUCAGGACAUCGUAGAGUGGGUUUUGGAAGCAGGAGAUGUCUGGUGGUGAGGGCGUCAUUGUCUCCUGACUCAUCAGGAUCGAGUGCUCCAAUUGCUCCGCUUCAGAUGGAGUCUCCGAUUGGUCAGUUUCUGUCACAGAUCCUAAUAAGCCACCCGCAUCUUGUGCCUGCUGCUGUUGAGCAGCAGCUUGAACAGCUCCAAACUGAUCGUGAUGCUGAGAAAAAGGAGGAGCCUUCUGCUUCUGGGACUGACUUAGUUCUAUACAGGAGAAUCGCUGAGGUUAAGGCUAUCGAAAGGAGAAAGGCUUUGGAAGAAAUCUUAUAUGCAUUGGUGGUGCAGAAAUUCAUGGAUGCUAAUGUUUCUUUGAUACCCGCCAUAGCCCCCCCCUCUUCCUCGGAUACUUCUGGCCGAGUUGAUAUUUGGCCAAGCCAAGAUGAGAAGCUUGAGGAGCUCCACUCUCCUGAAGCGUAUGAGAUGAUCCAGAACCACCUAGCUCUGAUUCUGGGGAACCGUGCAGGUGAUUCAACCUCUGUUGCGCAGAUAAGCAAACUCAGGGUUGGUCAAGUCUAUGCAGCAUCUGUGAUGUAUGGAUAUUUCCUCAAGCGUGUUGACCAGAGGUUUCAGCUUGAGAAGACAAUGAAAGUCCUUCCAAAUGCAUCGGAUGAGGAAGAGAGUAAUAUUCAGCCUGCUGUGGGGGGAGACAUGAGACCCAGUGGUGAGGAGGUCUCUCACAGGGCUGCAUCAUCCCAUCCCGAAGCGGAAGUCUCUUCCUGGGCCGGUGGCAUCAGUCCUGGGGGUUUUGGUCAUGGGUUAAAGGCUUCUCGUCUGAGAACUUAUGUAAUGUCUUUUGAUGGGGAGACGCUUCAGAGAUAUGCCACAAUAAGAUCCAAAGAGGCUGUUAGCAUCAUUGAGAAGCAUACAGAGGCAUUGUUUGGAAGACCUGAGAUUGUUAUAACACCUCAGGGGACGGUGGAUUCUUCCAAGGAUGAACUCAUCAAGAUUAGCUUUGGUGGUUUGAAGAGACUUGUCUUGGAGGCAGUGACUUUUGGUUCUUUUCUCUGGGAUGUUGAGAGCUACGUGGAUUCAAGGUACCAUUUUGUUAUGAAUUGAGUUAUGUUCCCUUAUAUCCCUGCCAAAGCAAAUUGCUAGUGGAGGCACAACUGACCAAGCUUGUUUUGAGUGUAAUUUUGGUGAUGGGUACCAAGAAAUUUGGAGCUAAUUGUUCUGUACAUAACAAUUUUUAUUCUGAUCUUCGUAAGGAACAAAGUCGUUGGAUUUCAGGAUUGUGCAGCUAUAGACAGGUUUUCUAUGUGAAAUGUACUUGAAUGUUUGUGUCUCAUUGUUUAUUCUUAUAGGCACAGAAAAUGUGUGUUAUGUUGUUAGGA